UUUAUCGAUGUCAACGUUACUGAAAUUAUUGCAGCUCGAUUUCGACUGCUAUUAAACCACAAAAGAGUUAUCAAUUUCCUCGUGGAACCCCUGCGAAAGGUCAUCCCAUAUUAACACAGGCGAUUGUUGACUCUCAGUUGAUUUCUACUUCUUCUAACGUACAGACAUGGCAGCCAAUGGAAAGUUAGCGCUUCUCAGCGUCUCCGACAAAACCGGCCUAGUGCCGCUAGCCAAAUGCCUGUCAGAGAUCGGGCUUGGUCUCGUCAGUACUGGAGGCACGGCGACCGCGCUCCGCGCCGCCGGGCUGCAGGUGCGCGACGUGGCCGACAUCACUGGAGCCCCAGAGAUGCUCGGUGGACGAGUCAAGUCUCUGCAUCCUGCAGUACACGGCGGCAUACUGGCGAGGCUCACUGACUCCGACCAGGCUGACAUGAAACGCCAGAAGUUCGACAUGAUCAGCGUAGUAGUAUGCAAUCUCUACCCUUUCGUCGACACCGUGGCCAAGCCCGACGUCACCAUCGCAGACGCUGUGGAAAACAUCGAUAUCGGCGGUGUGACCCUCCUCCGCGCCGCGGCGAAGAAUCACGACCGUGUCACGAUCUUAUGUGAUCCUAGUGAUUACGUCAGUGUUAUUGAGGAGUUGAAGCAGAAGAAACAGACUUCUUUGGAAACUAGGCAAAAGUUGGCCCUGAAAGCUUUCACCCACACGGCAGGGUACGACACGGCGAUCUCUGACUACUUCCGCAAGCAAUACUCGGCAGGGAAGGCGCAAAUGACCUUACGUUAUGGCAUGAACCCCCACCAGAAGCCAGCCCAAGUGUUCACAACCCGCGACCGCCUGCCGCUUACAACCAUCAACGGUUCCCCUGGCUUCAUCAACCUGUGUGACGCGCUCAACGCGUGGCAACUAGUCCGGGAACUGAAGCAGGCCCUCGGGGUCCCGGCCGCCACUAGCUUCAAGCAUGUGUCGCCCGCCGGCGCCGCUAUUGGAUUACCUCUCACGGAGCAGGAGGCCGCAGUAUGUAUGGUAGCAGACCUGCUGCCCUCCCUCACCCCCCUGGCCUGCGCGUACGCCCGCGCGCGCGGCGCCGACCGCAUGAGCUCGUUCGGAGACUUCGUGGCGCUGUCCGACGAGUGUGACGAGGUCACUGCUAGGAUCAUCUCGAGAGAGGUGUCCGAUGGCGUCAUCGCGCCUGGAUAUAGCAAGGGAGCGCUGGAACUGUUGAAGAAGAAGAAGGGUGGAAGCUAUUGCGUUCUGCAGAUGGACCCCACCUACGACCCAGCCCUCCUAGAACAAAAGACCAUCUUUGGUCUGACCCUAGAACAGAAGAGGAACGACGCUGUAAUCACGCCGGACUUGUUCAAGAACGUCGUGACCGACAAGAAGGCGCUGCCUGAGAACGCUGUUAGAGACCUCAUCGUGGCCACGAUCGCGCUCAAAUAUACGCAGAGCAAUUCUGUGUGCUUCGCUAGAGAUGGACAGGUGAUCGGUAUCGGGGCGGGGCAGCAGUCGCGCAUCCACUGCACCCGGCUGGCGGGCGGCAAGGCGGCGCUGUGGUGGGCGCGCGCGCACCCGCUAGUGCGCGGCCUGCGCUUCAAGCAGGGCGUCACGCGCGCCCUGCAGUCCAACGCCAUCGACAACUUCGUCAACGGGACCAUCGGUACGGACAUGCCGCUGUCGCAAUGGGAGUCCCUGUUCGACGGGCCGGCGCCUGCUCUCCUCACUGAGCAGGAGCGUAACGAGUGGCUCACGCACCUCGACAAGGUGGCGCUAGCUUCUGACGCCUUCUUCCCCUUCCGGGACAACAUCGACCGAGCUGUACAGUGCGGCGUAGAGUACAUCGGCAGCCCGGCCGGGUCCAACAACGACGCGGAGGUCAUCGCGGCCUGCAACGAGCACAAGAUCACGCUCGCACACACCAACCUCAGACUGUUCCACCACUAAGCCGACCAUUCUACCCUUCUUUGGAGUAUCUUUUGCCAGCCAAAAAACGACUUUGAGUUUUUGAAUUUAGAGUUGAAUUUUGAUUGUCAUUUCAAACGCGAUAUUUCAUUCGCCGGAUUCGAAGGUUUAAGGAAUUGAGUCCCGUGGACGCGAUUUCGAAUCGGCAGACAUUCAAAAUUGCAAUCGAACUUCAAAACUUUUGACUGGCAAUUUUGAAAUCCUAGGACCUGAUCGGCUAAGGCGCGCGUCAGUUGACGUCAAAGCAACGACAAACAAAGCAAAGCAUCAGUUGACCGUUUGGCGGUCAAAAGGUUAACUCAAUUCAUUAGAGAAAUUUAAUAUGAACAUUUCCCAUAUAAGUAUAUCAUAUUUGUUAAGAAUACAGACGGUUUGGUGCAAUCUUCGAGUUCAUUUACUGUGAUCAUGCAAGCACGAAUAUUUUUAUCAUCCCGUAACUUAUCAAUAAAAUCAUUCCAUAUUUUUAAUAUUUUUAAUAUUACAAUUUUGUUAUAUAAGUGAUUGUUAGCGUUUUUAAGAGAAUGUAUUUAGAGUGAAUCUCUUUUAUAUUUGUUAAAAGUAUACAUUGUGCCUUGUUAGACUUUAAGGAUUUAUUAAACGUAUGACGUUUA